AUGCCUCAAUUAAAAUUAUCUAAAUCCUAUCAUCACCUAGAUGUACCUGAUACUUCGGCACAAACCUAUGCAACAUUUAGAUUGGAAGCUCCAUCGACUAUUGGAUGGAUGGGAGUAGGAAUUGGUGAUAGUAUGCUUGAUAGUUAUUUGUUAGCAUGGCUUCGUACAGACGGAAAAAUUGCAUUAUCACAACGUGUUGCAAAAACCUAUGCGGUGCCUACAGUAACAGAUCGACAAACAGAUCUUGAAUUGGAUCCAACCAGUGGAAUCCAAACUAACAAUAGUAGCGAUGGUAGCAGCAAAUUAGUAGUGAUUUUCAAACGUCUAGUGUCGGUACAAGAUUCAACGAUCGCUUCAAAUUUCAUUUGGGCUGUACAUACUAGCAACCGACCACCCGAUGAUCCUUUCACCAUGGAAAUUACUGAACAUUCUUCACAUGGAAAUAUGGCAUUAUCAUCAUCUCCUCCUAUAAACAGACGUGCUCUGUUUCUCAUCAUACACGCGUGGGCAGUAGCGGCACCUUUAGGUGUAUUUUUUGCAAGAUUUGGAAGAAACGUUUUACCUAAACGUUGGUUCAGUCUGCAUUGGGGAAUUCAAGCCUUGUUAGCUUUGCCAUUAACAGUUAUCGGUUUCAUUAUGGCAUUCCCUUCGGGUGCAAGUUUUACUACAAGAAAUAGUCAUCACGUUAUUGGAAUGGUGAUCUUGAUUUGUUUAUUUGUUCAACUAUUGAUUGGCGGUAUACACCAUCACAUGUACGAUCCAAAUCGUAAAUCCAUUCCAUGGUGGACAAAACUUCAUUGGUGGUUUGGUAGAUGUUUGGUUUUAUUGGCACUAGUGCAAAUCUCACUUGGUCUAGAUUUAUAUGAUGUCAAUCCGUUUCUUCUUGACGCUUAUUACAUUUAUGCGGGAAGUUUGGUGUUUAUAUAUUUGAUCAUGUCGUUUCUUUUUUGGAACAAACGUCGUAAUCAAAUUCAAAAAUAUGGAAAGUCUAGUUUUAUAUAUACCGGAAUUAAAGAACAAGAGGAUUAUGAAGACGAAUUUGAUGGAGUUUUUUUGAAUAAAAUGACACAGGAAGUUACAUAA